CGCAAUGAAAGAAUUAUCAAGGACGCACAAAUGGCCCACAAGGUUAAGCCUCAUCGUUAUUCUACUGCGAUACGAUGUCUUCGGCACGAUCGACGUCAAUUUAAACGAGCUGGAAUAUUUAGCCGCACGACUUAAUCCUUUCGAGUGUCGACGCUUAAUAGCUGCGCUUCAUUAUAUUACUUACGAUCUACCGAACAAUCUCGCAGCUGCUGAACGUAACGUGGACGACGAUAUCCCUUGCAUCCGCCAUCUUUUACACUGGAAUAGUUCUCCAGCUGAAGGCAAAGGAAACACUCACGAGAUUUUAACCCACAGACUUCGUCAAAUAAAUCGAAAUGAUCUGGCAGACUGGUUAGGAAAAUCCUCGUUCGUGCAAAUAGGGAAAGAUCUCGACAGGGCACUGGUAAACACGUUCGAUGAACUCGUCAAAGAAGAAACGGAAUUGCCUCAUCCAGUAACGCUUGAAUCGUUCAAACGCCAUGAAGAAGAAGAUCCUUGGCUACAAAUUGAUGUUAUUCUCAUGGCAACCUUAUUAGGACUACUAGGAACCCUACUGACACUGAUAUGUUACACAGUAUUGCAAAGGAUCAGACAGCACUUUCGCAAAACCAAGUACAAAAAAUUAAAGCAGCAGGAAAGUGAAGACGAAGAAUAUAAAGUGCAAAGGGAAAGAAGAAAGAAGAAAUACACUACUGAAGCAAGCAAUGUAGCUACUGAUUAUAUACAUCCAGAUAGCGAUAGCGAUACGGAUGCUGAUUAAAAAAAUCGUUUAGUGGUUAUACACUUGCUAUAUCAUAUCUUCGCCUUCGAAUAUUUUUGAAAAUAAGGCAUCGAUCGCUUUGUCCCAAGCGACUUCCAACUCGGGGGUGAAUUUCGAUCCAAACGCGCCCCUCAUUGCGUCCAACACCACUCCUUUCAAAUCCUGAAAUGUAACAUAAUGAUAGUAUGUAACGAUCGAGUAAUAAAUAAUAAUAAUAUAGAACA